AUGCGAGCCGGCGACGACGGCGGAGGCGCGCGCGGCGAGGAGCCGCGGAAGCUGGCGCUCUGCGUCCUCUGCGGGCUGCCCGCGGCGGGAAAGUCGACCUUCGCGCGGGCCCUGAGCUGCCGGCUGCGGCGAGAGCAGGCCUGGGCCGUCGGCGUCGUCGCCUACGAUGACGUCAUGCCCGAGGCGUUCCUCCCGGAGGCCAGCGCGCCGCCAUUGCCAUCCCAGUGGAAACUACUUCGACAAGAACUGUUGAGAUACCUAGAACACUUCCUAAAUGGUGUUAUUCAUGGGGGCCAGGUGUCUGUCCCACCCACAAGGACUGAAGUCAUGUGGGAAGAUUUUAUAACCUGCUUAAAAGAUCAAGAUCUGAUCUCUUCUGCAGCGGCGAAGGCACCAUCCGGCUACUUCUUAACGAAGACUGCUGUGUCCAGACCUUUGCUUUUGAUUCUCGAUGACAACUUUUACUACCAGAGCAUGAGAUAUGAAGUCUACCAACUGGCCCGGAAAUAUUCCGUGGGCUUUUGUCAGCUCUUUUUCGACUGUUCUCUUGAGACCUGUUUAGAGAGGAAUGGCCAGAGACCACGAGCAGUGCCUGCCGAGACCAUCCACCUGAUGGGCAGGAAGAUAGAGAAACCCAAUCCUGAGAAAAAUGCUUGGGAACGCAACAGCCUCACGAUUCAGAGCACAGUGUGUUCUUCCGAGGCCAGCUUGAAGCUGACUGAUCUACUGCUUACUGCUUUGGAGAAUCCAGUAAAAUGUGUUGUGGACAAUGUAGAACAAAAGGAGACAGACAGAGUAAUUUGUUCAACUAACAUGCUUCAUCAAGCUGAUCAGACACUCCGAAGAAUUGUCUCUCAGAUGAUGAAGGAAGCGAAAGAUGAACAAGUGCCUCCCUACAACUUGAAACUUCUAGCAGAAGAACUUAACAAGCUCAAAGCAGAAUUUUUGGAAGACCUAAAGCAAGGAAACAAAAAAUACCUAUGCUUUCAACAAACUACUGACAUAUCAGAUAUUAUCCUUUCUUUUCAGUAUGAGAAAGAUAACAUUGUACAUAAGUAUUUUUCAAAGAAGCAUUAAACUUUUGAAUUUUCAGUCAAAUGUCUGAUUUUGCAAGCAAUUUGCAUUACUGGAUGUUUUCUAGGCCAGCGAUCUAUAAAUUGUCAAAAACUCAAGUUUUUAAAGAAAUCAGUCCACUUUAAAAGAUGCAUUUGUCCUAGAAAUUACUUCAGUCAGCCACUUGUGGGGUGUGACAUGAAAACUAACCAUCAGAAGAGCCUCCUCUAAGGGUCAGAGCCCAGAGCGCAGGGCUGGGGACUGGAGUCACGUGACUGGAUCUUGACAGAGAAGAAACUACUCAGGUGACAAGAUGCAGGUCUUUGGUGCCGUUUCUAACUCAUGCAGCAUCUUGUGGACAAGGCGUUCCACAAAUUCAAACCCAGAGAGUCACAAAACCUUUUUAUUUUAAAUACUGGAAAACUACUCACAAACUAACUUAAUCCUAGUGUUAAAAAAGAAAAGUUGAAGGCCUCCCC